UAGCUACUCUCAGAUCAGAAAUAGUUCUUGUUUGUGUCUAGAAUAAAAUGCUGCUGGUUACUUUAAGCUGCAUCGCAAGUAAUUUUGCUUAAAUAAAUAGGAGGAAGAAUUUUUUGGAAGCGAAGUUAAUGACAAUAAUUCACUGUGUCUUCUGGAAUUGCUCCUUUAAUAUCUAUAUUUGUAUCCAUUCUAAUUUUCCACAUCUUGAAAAAAAGUCAAGAUCUUGCAAGAGAAUUCAGCUCCUUCAGACCAUAAUGUUAACCUACUAUAACUCCACAUUCCCUACCUUCUUCUUGACUGGGGUCCCUGGACUUGAAUGGGCCCAUGUCUGGAUCUCCAUCCCCUUCUGCUGCCUCUAUUUAACUGCCCUCUCUGGGAAUACCUUGAUCCUGUUCAUAGUCCUCACUGAGCAAAGUCUCCAUGAGCCCAUGUACUAUUUCCUCUCCAUGUUGUCCACCACUGACAUUGGUUUAUGCCUAUCUACACUGGGAACGGUACUGGGAAUAUUCUGGGUCAAUACACGGGAAAUCAGCUUCAAUGCCUGCUUAUCGCAGAUGUUCUUCAUUCACCUCUUCACAUUCAUGGAAUCCUCAGUGCUCCUGGCUAUGGCCUUUGAUCGUUUUGUGGCCAUUUCUAACCCCUUGAGAUAUGCUACCAUUCUAACUCAUGCAAGGAUUGCUCAAAUUGGUUUGGCAGUCAUUACCAGGGGGACUGUCAUUCUGACACCACUAGUCCUACUUCUUAAGCGCCUAUCAUUCUGCCACAGCCACGUGCUCCAUCACUCCUAUUGCUUCCACCCUGAUGUGAUGAAGCUCUCGUGUUCAGAUACAAAGAUCAAUAGUGCUUUUGGACUAGCUGCAAUAAUCUCUACUGCUGGGGUAGACUCUAUCUUUAUCCUGCUUUCCUAUGUCUUGAUCAUCCGCUCAGUUCUCAACAUUGCAUCCCCAGAGGAGAGGAAAAAGGCUUUCAGCACCUGCAUUUCUCAUAUCACUGCUGUGGCCAUAUUCUACAUCCCUUUGAUCAGCCUAUCUUUUGUUCACAGAUUUGGAAAACAUGCUCCACCCUAUGUGCCCACACUAAUUGCUAAUGUAUACUUGCUCAUUCCCCCUGUGAUGAAUCCCAUCAUCUAUAGUGUGAAAACAAAGCAGAUUCAAAAAGCUAUGUUCAAACUUUUAUGUUCCAAGAGAACUCAUAUUUAACAAUUAUUAUUCUCAUUAAAACUCAUCUCAAAGGAAAUGAAAACUUGUCAGAAUUUAGAGGUAUAAACUCAUACAAUUUUAGAGUUAGAUGGAAUUAGAUAUUAUUUAAAUUCAAAUGUCUCUACAAUAUAGCUAAUCUUACCUAAGGUAAUCUUAUAUAUUCUAUACUAAAAUACUAAUUCAGAUUCUCACUACUACUCAGUUACCCUAUUCCUAUAAAUGAUUAACUGAU